AUGUACGCAUCUGCCCGUAUCAACCCGUCAGCAGGAAAGCCAUUCCUCCGCCAUUCCAAGCCCACGCAUAGUCGUCUGAAACAUCUCUCGGAAAGGAUGUAUACAACCUCUACCCAUGCGAAUACCAGCUAUGGGGAUAGUGGAAGACCGACAUUCAUCUCGCAAACGAAGAGUCUCUUGCUCGGCUUCAACUGCUGCUCGACAAAGUCAGCGAAGACGGCCCCAUGCGACCUCAUGAAGAGCAAGAAGAACGGCGGCUCUUCCAUCCCAACGCAUAUCCGUCCGGAGCCCUCGUCUGCCCAAGGUUCCCAGCAACGACAACGAGGCUUGAAGCUCGAAAUUUGA